AUGGUGUCCAGAGAGUGAGGUCACUAGCAUUAAGUCUCACUCUUCUGUUGACUGUGUAUAUUUCAAGAAGUCCCUCCAAACUCAGCUGCAAUCUUUUCUUUCUUUCCUUUUUGUCGUUCUCUGGCACAACUGUGCAUCUGUUUGUCUUAUGUUUCUUGACUGGACGGCUGCGAUUGUUUGUACUAUGUUGCGUCCGUGUGCGUGUGUUUGUUUUGUUGGGGCGUCGGGAUGGGUGGGCUGCUUUGUCUUCUGGGCUUUAUGUUGUGGGGGAUCGGUUAGGUUAUGCAUCCAGGAGGGCAAUGCUCCAGCAGUUACACGGAGUCACAAUGUACUCUCACGACGAACACCACACCACCACCCCCUACUCCUGGAGUGACAGAGAGAGUCGUGAAAACUCCUUCAGCCGCUCACGUAGCUCCAGUGUCUCCAGCAUCGAUCGAGACACCAAAGAGGCAAUCACCACACUUCAGUUUGGGGAGUCUUUUGGACGAAAGAGCGACACUUUGCCCACACCGUGUCUGUGGGUUGGUACCAGCCUUGGCAUGAUCUUGCUCAUUCCCAUGUCCAUCCCCACUGACCAGGAGGAGAGGAUGGAGGAACAAGUUACCAUUGGUCCCUGUGGUGCAGUUCUGAUGCUAAAGGGCUCUGUGUUGCGCUUUGGCUUCUUGGACUGCAUGGGUGCACUCAUCCAAAGCCCCUACGAAGUUUGGCGUGAUGUCAACGCCCCAGAAGACCCCGACCGACCACGAAAGCGCAAGCUGGUGCAUUUCUCGCCCUCCUCCUCCCAGGAUACCUGCGGAGAAGGACAUCUGGCCAUCGUAUGCUCCGAGAGGCAAGCCAAAGUGUUCUUGAUGCCCUCACAGUCUUGCCUCUUCGUCCACAACAUCACAGAGUCGUCGUUCGUCCUCCGGGCUGACGUGGUGUCAGUGUGUAAUAGUGUGUGCCUCGCCUGCUUCUGCGCCAACGGACACGUCAUGACCCUCAGUUUGCCCAGUCUAAGACCGCUGAUGGAUGUUAAUUACCUGCCUCUGACAGACAUGCGCAUUGCGAGAACCUUUUGCUUCACCAACGGGGGUCAGGCACUUUAUCUCAGUUCCCCGACAGAGAUCCAGAGAAUUACAUACAGCCAGGAGAUGUAUGACAAUCUGCAGGAAAUGCUGGGAGAGCUGUUUACGCCAACAGAAACACCAGAGGCCCAGAAUAGAGGCUUCCUGAAGGGCUUCUUCGGAGGGAAUGCUCACACAUUUGACCGAGAGGAGCUCUUUGGUGAGGCAGCAGCAGGUAAGGCUUCUCGGAGUUUGGCCCAGCACAUCCCUGGCCAGGGAGGGGUGGAGGGAAUGAAGGUGGCAGCUAGUGGGGCAGUUGGUGAGCUGGCCAGGGCCCGCAUCGCGCUGGACGAAAGAGGCCAGAGGCUCGGCGAGCUGGAAGAAAGAACUGCACUCAUGAUGACCAGUGCAGAAUGUUUCUCCAAGCAUGCUCAUGAGCUCAUGUUAAAGUGCAAGGACAAGAAGUGGUACCAGUUGUAAUUACGAGAGCCAAGUGAGGUUGACUGAUGGAUUUCUGAGGGCGCAUUGUGCCGGGGCGCAGGAAGUUUAACUCUGCGGAUGAGCGAUAAUAAGUGAGGUUGAAGACUUUCUCUUAAUGGCUUCUGAGUCAAAUGUGUAACAUUGUCACACAGUAAGAGGACAGGAGAGGUCCUCAUUUGAUUGUUUGCUGAGAAAGAUGGCGAGAAACAGGAUGGUAGCAUUUGGAGGACCGUGUGUGUGCGUGUGCGUGUGCGUACGUGUGUGAGUGCGUGUUCUGUCUGGGUUUGGACCUCAUUGUAUAGAUAGAUACACAACAAUUACGAUAUCAACAUGACAUGCAUGAAACAAAAAGGAAUGACUAUCAAACUGCCAUAUUAAAAAGCAGCAUGCUUACUUUAAUGCUACUUUGACAGGAGAUUCAAUUAUUAUUAUUUUUUAUUUCAUAAUAUAGCCAACUACAGAAACUAUGAAAAACUUUCUAUUUUUUGAAAUAUUGACAAAAAUCUAUAUAUAAAAACAAAUGUAUACCUGCAUUGCUAUUAAGCCAAAACUUGUGUUCUUUUCCCUUUCCUCGUUUUCCUUUUGACUUUUAUUUCCCGCAAAGAUUUCCUGACACACUUCAAACGCACAUAGUUAUCUUUCUCUUCACAUACUAAAAUAUAACACUAAAACUUUGUUCAUAGCAAGUACUCUUGGCUGCAGUAUAGUGCAACCAUCAACGGAUUUUGCUACUGCACCAUUAAAUCACGUUUACUUUUGGGCUGCUGCUACUUUCAAAUACAAUAAACGACAAGGCUGUAUUCCACUCCCUAACUACCAAUCAGGAUUCACAAAAGAAUCGUUUCAGAUGUAUGCAAAGGCUUGGAGAACAUACCAUAUGUUUAUAUCAACCUAUAUAUAGAUAUACGUAUUAUUCACGUGCCAUAAAAAAAUAUCAGUCCAAUCAGUGUAAAGUUACAAAGAGCUAAUAAGUAAUGGCGGUGAGAGGUCAAUGGUUGCUAAAGGGGAAUUUAAUGGAGUCCAAAAAAAAGUGUUUUCCUGAGUACAAUAACACUCACGAGACUUACAUUUAUGUUGUUGAUUCACCGUUUGGGUCACCAUUUGCGAGAUGUGCAGGUUUAGUGUGAAAUUAUGAUGUGCGUAUGUGCAACAACAAGUGCUACACUUUUAAAAAAAAAAAAGCGAUAAACCAUGCGCUCAGUCUCUUCCAAAGCAAUUAAAAAGGACUACUAUCCUGUCAUCUUCCCCCACUUCAGUUGUUACAAGUUGUGACUUGUGUAUAUUCAGGAUUUUAAUGAACCUGCGUGUUCAUAACAGUGAUUGUUGCUGUCUGUGUGAUGGCAGUGCAAAGAGGAGUUGGCCUUCACCACCCAUUCAACCAACUUCCUCGUGAGUUGUUUAUCGGUAAAUGGUUCCACACAAAAAAAAUACAGUAUUUUUUCCAGUACUAUCCAGAUGUGAGUCAGUGAACAUGUUCAUGUGUAAAACAGCAGCAAUUUCAACUAAAGACAACUGUGUUACUUUAUUUCAUUCAAUAUUGUUCUUGAUAUGGUAUCCUCUUGUCGCAGUCCUAUAUUUGAUGGUGACCGCCUCUUAAAUGAAAGGCUCUUGUAUGUUUAAAAACAACAAAUGUUUCAUGAUACAUGGUGGUGUAUCAUAUUGUGAUUGUGUUGUACAUGUCAGUGCUACGCGACACAGGCCAGCGACAUCGAAUAGAGAGGAUCUUUUGUACCUGUGUAUUUGUCUGUAUUCUAAAACAAUCUGGAAAAAAAAUCUCUUACACAUUAGGCCUUUAUGCCCUCGAGCAUAGACAGAAAUUAAUCACUGCGCCUUGAUUAGGUUAUCACUCCUGCAUUGAGGUGCACAAACACACAUGCAAAGUGCAGCGAAAAUGUACCGCUGUAAUGUCUCUUUGCUUUAUUAGAUAUGAAACCUGCUCGCCAGACAACUGAGACUCAUUUUCACCAAUCAAAUUAAAUAGAUGAGCCCCACGCAUUUUAUAAAUUACCUUUCUUUUGGCACAUAUGAGACCGCUUGCAAAAACAUUUCUUUUCAACACAGUCUGAAAGGCAGGAAAAAAAGGUAUGAAGAAAAAAAGGGAUCUCAACUGACAGGGUGUUUUAUUUAAAUAUUCUUUUGUUUUAUAUAUUAUAUGUACUUUUCACUAUUGGGUGAGACAAACAAAAUAUGAUACAGAUGGGGUAUUUUUCUCUAUAUAUGUUGUACCUGUCACUGCUGGUACUGUCUAAACCACUGAAACGGUGUUGUUCUUCACGGUAAUAUUCUUGGAAGAAGAAAAAGCAUUUCUCAAGUUUUCUCGAUGAUGGCAGCAAAGUUUGUCUUAUUUAAAUGGAUUCUACCACUUUUUCUUCUUAAUAUUAUAUUAGUGUAAUAGAAAUUACUUGACUAAAAGAGCUGAACAUAUGUUGACGCAGAAGCAAACUGACAAUAAACAUGGAUUGAUGUA